AGUUUUUCUGACUUCAUAACAAAAAUCUCAUCAUCAAAAUUUCUGCUUCUCUUUCAAAUAAUAGAAAAAUCAAUCAAUGGGAAGUGGAAUUGUAAAGAAUGUGGAGUCAAAAGACGAACUUCAGAAGGCAGUGAGUGAGGGUUCUCCUGCAAUUUUGCAUUUCUGGGCAAGUUGGUGUGAUGCUUCAAAACAUAUGGACCAAGUUUUUUCUCAUCUUUCUACCGAUUUCCCACACGCCAAUUUUUUUAGGGUUGAAGCUGAGGAGCAACCUGAGAUAUCUGAGGCUUAUUCUGUUUCUGCUGUGCCUUACUUUGUCUUUUUUAAGGGUGGCAAGGCAGUCGAUGCAUUGGAGGGAGCAGAUCCAUCCGCCUUGGCCAACAAAGUUGCUAAAGUUGCUGGACCCGUCGACCCUGAUGGACCCGCUGCACCUGCCAGUCUCGGGAUGGCUGCAGGAUCCACUAUCAUUGAAACUGUGAAAGAACUUGCAAACAACAAUAACAGGACAUUUCCAACGGGCCGCAACCGUAUCGAUGAUCUCAACGAGAAGCUAAAACAUUUGAUUAAUUCUCACCCGAUCAUGCUUUUCAUGAAAGGAAGCCCAGAAGAGCCACAAUGUGGAUUUAGCCAGAAAGUCGUCAAUAUUUUGAACGAAGAGAAAGUCAAAUUUGGAAGCUUUGAUAUCCUAACUGAUCACGGAGUUCGAGAAGGUUUGAAAAAAUUCUCUAAUUGGCCAACAUAUCCUCAGCUGUAUUGCAAAGGUGAGCUUAUCGGUGGGUGCGAUAUUGUUAUAUCUAUGCACGAGAGCGGGGAGCUGAAAGACGUGUUCAGAGAUCAUGAGAUAAAGACAUCUAAUUCCAUUAACGGGAAACAACCCGAAUCUGGAAGUGGGAAAGGUGUUACGGCAUCGACUGGUUUAAGCUCUUCGUUGACUUCCCGUCUUGACAGCCUUAUCAACUCGAGUCCCGUAAUGCUUUUCAUGAAAGGCAAACCAGAAGAACCAAAGUGUGGUUUCAGCCGAAAAGUCGUUGAAAUUCUCAAGCAAGAAAAGGUGGAAUUCGAGAGUUUUGAUAUACUAACCGAUGAUGAAGUUCGACAAGGGCUCAAAGUUCAUUCAAAUUGGUCGAGCUACCCUCAGCUAUAUAUCAAGGGUGAACUUAUUGGUGGAUCAGAUAUCGUGUUGGAGAUGCAAAAAAGCGGUGAGCUCAGUCGUGUUUUAGCCGAGAAAGGGAUUACCCGUCAAGAAUCACUCGAUGACCGUCUGAAGAAAUUGGUUAACAGUUCACCUGUUAUGCUCUUCAUGAAGGGCAACCCCGAGGCCCCUAGGUGUGGCUUCAGUUCCAAGGUGGUGAAUGCCUUGAAGGAGGAAGGUGUGACAUUCGGAUCGUUCGAUAUUUUUAGUGACGAAGAAGUCAGACAAGGGCUAAAGACGUUCUCAAGUUGGCCUACUUAUCCUCAGCUUUACUACAAAGGGGAGCUGGUCGGAGGUUGCGACAUUAUUUUGGAGAUGAAGAACAACGGAGAGCUCAAAUCAACCCUUUCGGAGUAAGCACUAGUAUGUGGAUUACGAGAUGCUGAGAAAUAACACCGGGUAAGCAGCUCGGCUUAAAAGUAAUCUUGCAUAUUGAUUAAUGGCCAUAUGUGAUUUUUCAGAUUACAUACAUGUUUAGUACUUUGCACUAUAGCACGGCGUAAAUUUUCCGGACUUUGUCGUUUGUAGUUGUUUGAUAGGGAUCGUCUCGAGAGUAUGGAGUAGAUAUUUGGUGAGGCUUUUGUUAUGGUUUAUUUUUGAGGUUAUACCGCCUUACUAUCUCUAAAAUAUACUUGGUUUUUCGGCUUGUCAACUAUGUUUUGAUCAUGAAAAUUACAAACACAAAUACACGAUGCUUUUGUGGUUGA